UCUUCAACUUGAAAUCGGCGCUAAAAGUACCAAAAUACGUGACUAGGGGCUUUUCAUUUCAUUCCCAUCUACCGCCAGAAAUCCCAAAGAGAGAGAAAUGAAGACGAGAGGGUCUCCCAAAUCGACAGUGCCGAUGGCGUCUCCUUUUUCUCUGAAGGAGUCUCCGACAGCUGGCGCACUUGACAAUCGCUCAUUGUUUAUGAACGGCAUCAGUAGCAACAAGAAACGCACCUCCGAUCCGUCUACAAUGUCUCCUUCUCGCAAAACCCUAACCUCUGUCUCCGAUCUCAAGGAUCUUCUGUCUUCGCGCCUUGACGAUCUGAGGAGAAAUCUUAUCGAUCGGUCGCACACAGAGAUUCUCAAGGACGUGGAAGCCUCCGACUCUCGCCUCCACAAACGCCUGAAGAUACAGAUAAAAGCAUCCCAGCAAGUGAUGGAUGAAACCGAGAAAGAAUAUAAGAAGAUCAAUGAGCGGAUCAGUGAAACUCAGGAAGCAAUAAAGGUUUCGUAUGCAGAGUUCAUGUCAGAGGCACAGAUCGCUGCAUCUCGUGUGUGCAAAACAUCCAUCACUGAGCUUUCAAAAUCUUUUGAGAGGGAAAUUGAUGGUCUCAGGAAGCGUUUUGGAACUUCUGCAACUUAGAGAUAUCUCGAUCGAGCUACUAACAAAGAAAAAUUCCCUAGAAGCCAGUCAUGUAUAGUAUAUUCUACAAAUAGUAAUUUGCAUGCUGUCACUACUUUGCAUGUAUUACGGCAUGCUUGGUUGUCCUGAACGAAUGUGCGCUUUUCUUUCAUGUUGCCUUAUUUUGUACAAAAAUGAUCAGGUCUUAGCCUCAAACGCUAAGUUCCUCCACCCCAUCUGCCUAAGAAAAAAAAAGAUAAAUGUAGGAAAAUCAGAACCCCAUCAUCAUAAUUAGAAAUGCUCCAAUGGAUAGACGGAUUAUAAAACGAGUACAUAGACAUUUAUUUCUUA